GUUUGCUAUUAUUUUUGGUGAAAAAUAUCGCCGCUAAAAGCCAAAACGGCAAAUUAACCAUCGCUGGCCAUUCCGCCGAUUUGAGACGUCGGAGUUCGGAUCACGCCCUCCCUCCCACAUUCCGUUGCCCGCCGUUCAGUGGCCAUGGCCAUCAAGCUCAUUCUCAGACCCCAUGCUCAUCCCAUCCCCUGUUUCUUCCUUAAACCCUUACUCCCCAAAACCUCUGUAUUCUCUCUCUUCUCCGCCGCCGCCGUCACCACUCAAUCCUUGACCUCAACCCUUGUCACAAAUCCGCCAAACUCGAACCUCUCCUACGGACCCUCUCUGCGCAAAGGCAAGCCCCCACCGCAAGACUUUCUGCACCACCAGCUUGACCCUGUUAAGCCCUCCAAUGAAGCCAACAAACAGGACCCGAAAGAAGAAGAAGAAGAAGAAGAAAAUGUAUUUGAUGAAAGCGUCUUCACUCGAGUCUUUGACUUAUCCGCCAUUCGAGUCCCGUCCGAGCACUGCUUCGCCCUCGAGAGCCGCCUCCGCGGUCACCUCUUGAAUUGGCCCCGGAUUCGGAACGUAGCCAGAGUCCCCGGCGACGACGUGGACGAGGAGGUCGUGAAGUUGCUGAAACACAAAGGCAAUGCCGACGACGACGAUGAUGGAAGUUUGGUGUCGCUGAACCGGCGUGUUUAUGGCAAAGCCGAGGGCGAUGGCGAGCCGUUGAGCCCAGUGUUGUAUCGGGAUAAGCUUGCAAAUAAGUUUGAUUCGUGUGGGUUUAUGAAGUUUAGGAACCUCGCGAAGAUGUCGAGGCCAAAGAAGAAGAAGAAGAAGGAGAAAAUUGAGGAGGGAAGUAGGGGGAAGAAGGGGAUUGGGAAGAAUGACUUUGCUGUGGUGGAGGUUGUGGAAGAUGGUGAGGAGGAGGGGGAGGAUUUGAGUGGGUUGUUGGGGGAUGGUUUUAAGGGGAGGAGGUGGAGAGGGUCGACGCGGCUGUUGCUUUUGGAUGAGCGGUAUGCCAAUAAAGGCUUGGACGAUAUGCCUGAGGCCGUCAAGGUGCUGUUCAAGGAAGGCACUAGGCAAAGUAAAACCUCUACCAACAUUGACCUUGUGAGAUGCAAGCUGACUUUGUUUUAUAAUUAUUGGCAGAUGGACGAGAUUUUAGAGGCCGUGCUACCAAAGGGUAUGAUUGUUCCUUCAGCUUUUGAAACAGUUGGGCAUAUUGCGCAUCUGAACCUAAGAGAUGAACAUCUACCAUACAAGAAGCUUAUUGCCAAGGCAGUUCUGGACAAAAAUAGGCCAAAGAUUCAAACAGUUGUCAAUAAGAUUGAUGUGAUACAUAAUGACUACAGAACGAUGCAGCUGGAGGUUUUAGUGGGAAAUCAUUCCCUUGUAACUACAGUAGUUGAGAAUGGAAUACGUUUUCAUGUUGAUUUAGCAACUGUAUAUUGGAAUUCAAGACUUGCAACAGAAAGGCAAAGGCUGGUGAAUAGCUUUACAUGCAAGGAUAUUGUUUGUGAUGUUUUCUCUGGGGUCGGUCCAGUUGCUAUUUCUGCUGCGAAGAAAGUAAAACUUGUGUAUGCUAAUGAUUUGAACCCUCAGGCUGUUGACUUUUUGGAAAGAAAUAGUGUCCUCAACAAAGUUGAGAGGAAGAUUAAGGUGUUUAACAUGGAUGGGAGGAGGUUCAUUGACGCUAUAUUUGGAAGCGAGAACUCCAACUCCAUUACGCAAGUGGUUAUGAAUUUACCAAAUGAUGCUGCAGAAUAUCUAGAUGUAUUCAGGGGAAUCUUUGAAGAGAAGCCCCAAAAUAAAGAAUUGACUUUGCCUAGAAUCCAUGUUUAUGGAUUCUCUAAAGCUCGAGAUCCAGAAUUUGAGUUCCAUGAGAGAAUAAGAAUUGCAUUACGGGAGGUGGCAGUUAAUGUGGAAAUGCGUAGGGUUCGGCCUGUGGCACCAGGAAAAUGGAUGCUGUGUGCAUCAUUUAUCCUCCCAGAGAGCGUGGCAUGUGCAAGGGCAACUGUAAAUAAGUAGAUUUUGGGUUGGAAUGAAGCUGUGGUGGAUCAUAAGCUUCAGUUAUGUUUGUUAAUACGAUCUUUACUUGAAUCUUCUAGUUAUGUAGCUGACAAACUAUGUUAAGCCAACAUGUUCAUAAGACGAGUAAAGGGGAAAAAGGGUUGCCUAAUGUA